GAGGUGGAGAGAGGAGGAGACCGGCGGCGGAGGCGGGAGGAGGAGGAAGUAGAGGCGGCAGAGAAUAGCGGGCAAAUGGAGAUCUGAGAGGCUGCGAGAGCCACGGAGGAAGGAGGCGAGCGCCUUGAAUUCGCCUCUUUCGUCGCCCAGCCCAGCCCAGCCCAGCCGGGGCUCCCGCUUAUAAACUCUGAACUGCCGCUGCCGCCUCAGACGGCGGUUUCUCGGAAAAGCCUAGCCGUGCCGUCGCUGCCUCGAAUCCAUUCCCUCACCCAGGCAGAGGAAGGAACAGCUCUCCCACAGCCGGAGGCACCUUCCCGCGGUCUCGGAACCUUUCCGGAUUCGCCGAGACUCUCGGAGGGCCUGCAGAAAAGGGUUGCACCGAACUUGCUGCUGCUCACUCGCCGCCCUUCGCUGGCUCGUUUUGCCUCCCUGCCUCAGCCAUGCCCUCGGUGGCGUGAGGAAGUUUACUGAUGGCUGCUGAGAGGUUCCUCUUCCCUUCCAUCCUUGCCUCUCCGCUCCGGCCAAGGCUUGCGCUGCUUUCCCCCAGACCCGCCUCUGGGUGAAAUGCUGGAGAGCUGGGCCCCCUCUUCGCCCUUUCCCGAGUUCUAGGCUUUCUGGAAACUGAACGUUGUUUGUCCUCUUAACGACAGUAACUACUUCGAAGUAGGUGUCGGCAUCCUUUGGCGAGCAGGCUUCCUAAUUAUCCCCUUUUCAGAAGAACGGCAUGCUCUGCUGAAGUGGCAACAAGAUGCAGACCUUUCUGAAAGGGAAAAGGGUUGGUUAUUGGCUGAGCGAGAAGAAAAUCAAGAAGCUCAAUUUCCAAGCGUUUGCAGAUCUUUGCAGGAAAAGAGGGAUAGAGGUUAUACAGCUCGACCUUACCAAACGAAUAGAAGAUCAGGGCCCAUUAGAUGUGAUCAUACAUAAACUGACAGAUGUCCUAAUUGAAGCUGACCAAAAUGAUAGCCAGUCAUUGGAAUUGGUUCACAGGUUCCAGGAGUAUAUUGAUGCUCAUCCUGAAACUAUCAUUCUGGAUCCUCUUCCUGCUAUCAGGACAUUACUGGACCGAUCAAAGUCUUAUGAACUUAUUAGACAGAUAGAGCUGUAUAUGAAAGAUGACAGAAUCUGUUCUCCGCCAUUUAUGGAGUUAACAAAUGCAUGUGGAGAAGACACCUUGAAGCAAAUAGAAAAAAAUGGAAUUGCAUUCCCAUUCAUUUGUAAGACAAGAGUCGCCCAUGGAACCAAUUCUCAUGAAAUGGCUAUCAUAUUCAACCGGGAAGGCCUGAAAGCCAUCCAUCCUCCAUGUGUGAUUCAGAGUUUCAUCAACCACAAUGCCGUCCUGUAUAAAGUCUUUGUGGUUGGGGAGUCAUAUACUGUGGUGAAGAGGCCCUCUGUGAAGAACUUCUCAGCAGGCAUUUCUGACCCUGACAGCCUCCAGACACCGGGUCAUGUCUUCCACAGCAUCUCCCAAUGGGCCUGGAGUGGAGAUGUAUAUCAAGAGGAUAGGACAAAUUAUAGAGAAUCAAUAUUUUUCAACAGCCACAAUGUAUCAAAACCAGAAUCCUCUUCCAUCCUAACAGCACUUGAUAAAAUAGAAGGGGUGUUUGAGAGACCAAAUGAUGACGUCAUCCGAGCAAUCUCAAAGGCACUAAGGCAGACCUUGGGGGUUUCUCUCUUUGGCAUUGACAUUAUCAUUAAUAAUCAGACUGGUCAGCAUGCAGUUAUUGAUAUUAAUGCAUUUCCAGGAUAUGAAGGUGUUUCAGAGUUUUUCACCGACCUCCUGAAUCACAUAGCUACUACCCUGCAGGAGCAAGCUCCAGAGUUGUCCCAGCUGAACCAUAGCAAACUCCUGGCCGAGCAGAGCAGCAGCCUCGUGGGGGAGCGGACAUGCUGUGCUAGCACUGGCUGCCGGAGUAUGGCAAGCCAAGACCCCUGGAUUGUGGAGAAUGAGACCAACACCUCAGUCAAGCUGCAGCACCAGAGGCUGGGCUGUAACUCGUCCAUGUCUCCGAGCUUUCAGCAGCAUUGUGUGGCCACAUUGGCCACAAAAGCUUCCUCUCAAUGAUCCCGAUCAGUGCCAUGGACUGAGAAGGCAGAAGGCCCCAGGGCGGUUGAUUCAAUGUGAUUUUUUGAAAGAAAGUGAAAUUAGUGAUAUGGGUCCACUUUAACAGAUUCCUCUUGUAGUUCUGUAGUGAGUUUAUCCAUCCAUGUAUGGGUGCCUGUUGUGUGCAUGUAUCUUAGACACUAUAUCUUAAUGUGGGAGGAUGGGUUUGUGUUUUCCCAUGCCUUUUCCUUUUCUUUGUAAUCAUUGACCAGAGUUGUGUAAUGGACUUUACAGAAUGGAUAAGGAUUUGUGUUGAAAAUUUGCACACUUGAAUUCAACCACCCUUCAUAUCUCUUUUCCAUCCCAUUCCAAAGAGUAAAACAUGCAUUUAUUGUACACCUAAAUCCAGAGGACACCUGCAUACCCAGAAUUAGCGUUUUACUUCUGUUUGGAAAAGUUUGAUGUUAGAAUCAGCUUCAAACAGUUUCCCAUUUCCCAAAAGAAGAAUAAAUGCUUGGGUAUGUAUUUGCCAUUGUGAAAAAACACAGUCCUUUACAAUUACAUUUAUUAAAGCAGUUAGGCUGAUGUAGCACUGCCAUUUACCUUAUUUGGGGCAGAGAACUCCAUAAUCAUUGGCUGAUUGCCAUAUCUAGCAUAAGAGCAAGCUAGGGAGUUUGGCUUUUCCUUCUGCUGCUGCUUUUCUGAGACUACAGGAUAUCUCUUUCAUGUAUAUAUUAAGCCAUAGUGUGGUUUAUUCUUAGCUUUGUAUGAUGCACAAAUUCAUCCACUGUGGUUUAUAAAUCAUGGGGGGCGGGUUUGUUGGGUUUCUACAUCAUAUUAAACAAGAAAAUCAGAUGGUGGGUUAGCAUUACAUGUGAUCUAGGGGCCUGUUUGUAAGCACUACUCUGCACAAACAAUUUUGCUUAGUGGUGGGCAGAACUUCGUAAAAGAGUAAAUCUGUGGCAACCUUUCUCCAUUCCUGCUCUAUCAUUCUUUGGGGUUCAACCUCUGAGAUACAGUGUAAGGGCAGUAUUUAUUUAACCUGUAACUUAGUCUGGUUAUAUGUUAAGAACAAGUAACAAAAGAAAAGUGCAUCAUUAAUUCUGUUUCUUUCACCACAACAUUAUCUUUGUGCAGCUUUGAACUGGUCAUGAAUUUGAAGAGGUACUCUUAGUGAGUUUGGGGACUCUUAAUUUGGGACAAUCCUUAAAUUGUCUCAGGAAAUAUUGUUAAAAUAUUUUACACAUUUAGAUACCUUUAGAAAGAUUGAUCAUCAUGGAUUAGGGGUCUGUGGACUAAUUCACAGUCAGGUAGUGUGAAUGUAUACUACAUACAUACUACAAGUUGUACACAUGAAUCCCUCCCAACUUUUAAAGGAUAAUAUAUUGAUAAUAUUUGCAUACAGGCAACAUUACAUGUUUUUUGUUGGAUUAAAAAAAGUUUGAAUUCCCAGAUUCUCCCAGUUCCUGUAAAGAUGACCCAUUUCUUAAUAUGUAUGAACUGGUAUUAAUGUAUUAUCCUCCAUUGAUGGCAGCUUUGUAUUUGUUUCUUUGUUUUUUAGAGUAAGGGAAAAAUGGAAAUAUCUGAUGAAAUAUGAAAGACAGGGAGAUAAAAAAGGGAGGACCAGAAAGGAUUCCAAACUACAGUGUCAGUGCAGGAAAUUGUUCAAGAAUUAGCAGGGAGGAGAAUUGCUAUGUUUCCUGUAUGAUUUUAUUUCGGAACUUCUUCACAAUUCUGCAGUAGGUAUUGAAUAUACAUAGCAGAGGAGAAGACUAUGUUUGUAGAGAAGUUUCCCAUAUGAGACUAUCAAACACUGAUUUUGUUAAUUUCUGUAUCAAAUUUGGGUCAUGUGAUGAUCCUGAAUUAUUGUCUUUCUCCAUAAUAAUGGUUGCUGCAGCUUCCCAAUAAAUUAUUGAUAGUUGCCC